CGGAAAUUUAACACUAAAAAGGAAAAAAGAAGAAGAAGAGGAAAAGCCCCUCAAAAGCCCCGGAGGCACACCGUGGCUGGGGGACCCGUCGAGGCGGCCCGUUUGGGAAUUUCUCUUCGACGAGGCGUGGAACUGAAAAGCGGAGGAAACACGCCUGGGUUGGGUCCAAAAUCGAGCGAAGGAAACAGUCGACAAUGGAGCGACUCCGCCCCAGAGAGAGACAGGUCUUUUCUGGAUUUACCAAGGCCGAGAUAGAGAAAAUGGAGAAAUUGCUAGAGGAAUCAGGAGAACAAUUGCUUAAUCGAGAAUUUUCUCAAAAAGUUACCAAAGGUUUCAAUCGGUCCUCUGGUCGUGCUGGGAAGCCUAUAAUAAAGUGGACGGAGGUACACAAUUGGUUCCAAAAUAGAUUGCAAGACUUUCCAAAAAUUGAAAAGAGGAUGACUGAAAUUCCCAAAGCUUGCACUUCAAAUAAGACUCAAGAAAGUUCUCAAGUCCCCGAAGGUGAGAAGAGCCCAGAUUUAUCAGAGUUGGAAUUUGAAGCAAGGUCAUCAAAGGAUGGUGCAUGGUAUGAUGUUGCCAUGUUCCUUACGCAUAGAUUUCUUAGUUCAGGCGAAGCUGAAGUGCGUGUCAGAUUUGUCGGAUUUGGAGCUGAGGAAGAUGAAUGGGUCAAUAUAAAACAGGCAGUACGAGAACGUUCUGUCCCCCUAGAACAUUCAGAAUGUCAGAAAGUGAAGGUUGGGGACCUUGUACUCUGCUUCCAGGAGAGGAGGGAUCAGGCAAUCUACUAUGACGCCCAUAUCAUUGAAAUCCAGAGGAGAAUGCACGAUAUUAGGGGCUGCAGGUGUCUUUUCUUGGUUCGUUAUGAUCAUGACAGCACCGAGGAAAAAGUUCGUUUGAGAAGAUUGUGUCGCAGAUCGACACAUCAACUCUAAUGUUUGAUUUUGCCAUCAAUUAAAAUCGUCUCUCUAUUUGUCAUUCUCAUGUGUAAGCUGGAGACGGGAAUGGUUUGCCUCAGAAAGUAUAUUAGCUAAUGCUAGUUUUGUCUGUUCUUUCAGAAAGGCAAGGACUGGUUCUGCGUAAAAAGCUAUAGUAGAAGUGGCUUAAUUGUCCACGCACAUAUAAUUGUUGCAUAUUCUAUGUCUGCAAAUUGGGCGAGGCGAGUUCAAACUUUAGUAGGCUUUCAAAUCUCUCCGCCCAUCACUUGCAAAUCUGUAACAUUUGAAAUAUGGAAAAUCAUUUUAGAUCAUUUGUUCUUCUAUAUUA